AUGGAGUAUUCGGGCCGUUAUCAGGGAGCUACCGCUUACAUUGUUCUGUUUGUCUUCAAAGUGGGGAUAGACGAUGAACCUGCCAAGAAACCCGAUGGUAAAGCAGAACCGUCGAAACUGGUCGCAUCUAUCGUACUUUUCCAUCAUGGCCUUAGAGCUCCAUACAAGCUUGCAAAUGAAUCCAUAGCAGCAAAGUUUCCAAAUGGAGCGGGAGAACUUACGGAAGACGGAAUCGAGGACGCUUUCAAUAUGGGACUAUUCCUGGGAAACCGCUAUGUGCAGUCGGGAUUUCUACGUUCACCUCCAUUUCCGUCAGAGUUUCGUUUCCGAGGCAGAUCCACCAAUCCUUGCCUUAUGAGCGGUGCAGUGGUUGGUUCGGCCAUGUGGGCCGAUCCAGACAAUCCAGAGUUCACAGCUCUGGCCCUCUAUGGACAAGAAAAAGGCGAUCGCUGCAUUGGAUUGAACAAAGAGACUCAGCUCUUCAAAAAUGCCGCAGAUUUUGCCAAAGUGGACGCAAUGAUGCAGGAG